UCGCGGCCGGUUUUAACCUCCUCCUGCGACUUCACCUCCUCUGCCGCUUCCUGCCGACGACGGCUGGUUCGCCUCUGCCGGCCGAGGCUGCAAUUAACCAGCGAUUUUACUCACCAAGAUCGGUUCUUGGCCGGUGCAAAGCUCACCGAUUUCGCGCGCACCAUGGGGAGGAACUCGGGGCUUGCACUGUUGAUCUUGGCCUGUCUAUGGCUGUGCCCUCGGAGGAGCAGCGGCUUCUCCUGGAACAUUUUCUCGUCUUCGUCUUCGUCUUCGGCGACGGCCGGUGAACGCAGCGCACCGAUGAUGGAGCUGGACGGCGGCGCGGUGGCAGACUUCUCGAUGGACGGGACCAACGACCCGAGAGGGCUGAAGCUGCUGGAGAACGCGUGGGGCAAGCUCGCCGGGCCCAAGAACUGCUGGCAGGAGGCGUACCGGAAGCUCUUCGCCAGCUGCGGCGAGAUCAUGGCCGACAAGGAGAAGCAGUCGCGGCUGGCGUGGCACCUCAGCAGCUGCUUCCAGGAGGACUCCGGCCGGCCGCCGUUCCCUCGCUGUGGCGAGAGCUCCGAGAUGGUGUACUGCCGCAAGAGGCUCGGCGACUCCGAGGACCAGGUGUUCCUCGAGUUCUUCCUCGAGACCAACACCCUGUGUCACCAAUUGCAAGCUGAAGCAUUCAAGCAUAACACCGAGAGGCUCGUCAACGACCUGACAAAGACAUCCAAGUCAGCCGAGGAGAAGCUCGAGGUGAUCGAGGAGAGGUCAGACCAGAUCAUAAAAGAGUCGGGCAAAGUGCAGGAAACGCUCUCGUCGAUCGAAAUGCAGGCUGAUCACCUAGCAGAGACGGCCAAGAACGUCGAGGUCCAGAUCAGCGACGUGCUGGCUCACUCCAAGGCCAUCUUCGAGCAGUCCAAGGAGAUCGCAGACUCGCAGGCGAAGCUGAGAGAAGGGCAAACUGAGAUGAGGGAGACGAUCGACGCCGGCAUGGUGCGCAUUCAGGAGUCGUAUGAGAGCCUUGGCGAUGGCAUGGAUAGGCUGAAGGAGGAGGCUGUUGAUAUUCAGAGGGAGAUCAAAACUGUUGGUGAUUCCAUGUCCUCCAAGAUGCAAGAUCUGCAGAGCACUGCAAAUGAUAUUGGGAGUGUGGCUGGCAAAUCAUUGGAGAAUCAGAUGCACCUUUUGGAUGGGCAGAGUAAGGCCAUGGACGGUCUGAAUAAUCUGUAUAGCUUUCAGGCACAAGCUCUUGAGGAAAGCAGGGAAACAAUGCAAAAACUUGCACAGUUUGGCCAGCGUCAGCAGGAAGAGUUGCUGUCCAGGCAAGAGGAAAUCCGGCAAGCUCAUGAUCACCUGAUUCAUAAUUCACACUCAAUACUGGAAGCUCAGGAAGAGUUCAGAGCAAAGCAGGCCAACAUUUUUGCUGCUCUGAACAAACUUUACAUCCUCCACAACGCCAUCUUGGCAGAGUCCCGUUUCAUCAAGGCCUUCUUUUUCUACUGCUGCAUCGUGUUUCUCAUCUACGUGCUCACAAGCGCGAAGCAAACUUUCAGCAUCAGGGGACACCUUUACUUUGGUUUGUGCAUCACUCUUCUGCUCGAAAUUGGCCUGAUCAAGCUUGGAGCCGACGACAUCGACAAGCAAUUCUGGGUGCUGUCCAAGGUGUUCCUCGUCAGAUCAGUGUUCCUUGCUCUUGCCACUGCUCAGAUGUUGCAUUCCAUAUUCACAUACAGGGAUUACGAAGUGCUAAACCAUCACCUGCUCCAAACGCUGGUCGAGAAGGUCCGGGCACUGGAGGAAACCGCCGGCGCCGGCGAGAAGAUGCUGUCCUGCGGCAGCACGGAGAGCGAGAGGAGCCUGGGGGAUUACUCGUGGGUGUUCGACGAUCUGGCCGACGACGAGGCGGACAGCAGAGCCGACCCGAGCUACGCCUUGCCGGAGGAUGGCCAUCAGCAGGCGGUGGUGGCGAUGGCGGUGGCAGUGGCUCCUCGCCGGAAGCACGGCGUCUCGCCGGAGGAGGCCGUCGGCGAGAGCUCCGUCACGACGUCGGCUGGCCGGAGGUACAACCUGCGGCCGCGGAGCAGUAGUUACAGGCUGCCGUGAUCGAGUUCGGGUAGUACUCCUAAUG